AUGGACAACAAGGAGGAAACAUAUUUGAAAGAAAAGAGCCAUGGGAACGCUGCCUUCAAGGAGCAGAAUUAUGUGUUGGCCAUUGAACACUACACCACUGCUAUCCAGGUCUUGGAGCCAAACCACGAGGAGACAAGCACUUUAAUCGACGAGAAUGUUGAGGAUGUCACUCUCCACAGCCACCAGCAUGCACAUGCGCUAGCGAUUUUGUAUUCAAAUCGUGCACAGGCGCAGCUCAAACUGGAGAACUAUGGGUUGGCGAUCCACGAUUGUACACUAUCGUUGGAUCAUGAUUCGCAUUUUGUCAAGAGUGUUUACCGGCGUGCUGUGGCCAACUUUGCCAUUCGGGAGUUGGAGAGUGCGUUGAAGGACUGUAAGUUGGCGUUAACGAUGGCGCCCAACGAUUCCAAGAUCCGGAUGUUGAGCAAGGAGGUUUCAUUGAUUUUGAAGCAGAGGCGGUUUGAAAUGGCCAUUGAUGUUGUUGAGAAGAGUGUAUUUACCAGCAUCAAGUGGGAGAAGGGCGGCGAGCUACAGGUUGAAGUUACUGAUGCGGCUGGUGGGGAAGUCAAUGUUAGGGGGCUCGAUGAAGGGUUUAUUGAGAGGAUGAUUGAGGCAUUCAAGAAAGGAUUGAACAUUGACAAGAUGGAUGCGUUUGCGAUUGUCAAUGGGGCCAACACCAUAUUCAAGAGGGAGAAGUCUUUAGUUGAAUUUGGAUUCAGCGAUUCUACUGUUGAAGGGUAUAAGAAAUUUGGGAAAGAGGUUGAAGUCAUUACUAUAUGUGGGGACACCCACGGACAAGUGUACGAUGUGUUCAACAUCUUUGAGCUGUUUGGCAAGGUGAGCAGCAAGCACGUGUACCUAUUCAACGGGGACUUUGUUGAUCGGGGGUCAUGGGGGUGUGAGGUUGCGCUCUUGUUGUAUUCGUUGAAGAUCCUCUAUCCGGACCGGUUGUUUAUCAAUAGGGGGAACCACGAGACUGAUGACAUGAACUCUGUUUAUGGGUUCCAGGAUGAAUGCAAGUACAAGUAUGGGGAGAAGCUCUUCAAAUGUUUCAGCGAGUCAUUUGGGAGUCUCCCCUAUUGUACGUUGAUCAACAACGAAUGGUUAGUUAUGCAUGGUGGGUUGUUCAGCGAGGACAAUGUUGGUUUAGCGGAGCUGCGAAAGAUUGACCGUUUUAAGAACACCCAUGGACAACCUCCAAGGAGUGGGAUUGAGAUGGAGCUGUUAUGGACGGACCCCCAAGAGAGUGAGGGCCGUUCGUUGAGUAAAAGAGGUGUUGGACUACAAUUUGGCCCUGAUGUCACCAAGGCCUUCUGCGAUCGUAAUCAUCUCAAGGGUGUCAUACGGUCCCAUGAGGUUCGUGACCGAGGUGUGGAAUGGGAGCAUGGGGGGAAGCUGUGUACCGUGUUCAGUGCUCCCAACUACUGUGACGUACAGGGGAACCUUGGCGGGGUGAUCAAUAUGAAGAUGAACUGGGAGACGAUGGAACUAGCGGUUGAAUGUGAGCGUUUCUCUGCAGUUGAACAUCCGGACGUACCGCCAAUGAAGUAUACCAAGAACCAAUAUGGGUUUUAG